CUGUCAAAAAGUAGCAAAAAUAUUUGCGUGGGGGAGUAGGUAAUUAUUUAUUUUGUUUGUAGAUAUUAAUUUCCUACAUUUAUCCACUAUCUAAGAUUUAAAUAAAAUGACGUCGUCAUACACCUUUUCAACUGACCUGAAAGGUGAAGUGGUUGUGAACUUCCAGAAAGAAAUUUCCAACAUGAUGCACGGAUUUGGAGACAAUCCCAAUCCGAACGCUGCGACCGUGUUAUUAGUUGAAAACAUAGUUCUUCAGCAGCUCAGAGCUAUGCUUCAAGAGGCCCUGAACUACUCUUUCAUGCGAGGAGGCAAGAACAUAUCGAAUUACGACCUAAUCUACUUGGUCCGUAAGAAUACUUUGAAGUUAAAAAGGUUACACGAUUACCAAAUAAAGUUGGAUAAAAUUGAUAAAAAUCGGGCUGCUGCAGAUCCUGGAAUUAGUAACUUAAUAUUGGAUGAAGCCAAAGACUCAAAGAAAAGGAGGACACAUAUUGACGUUAUAAAGGAGUUGGAUGAGGCAGAUGAAGUGGAGGAGAUUAAAUUUGAUGCAAUUGAUUAUUUGCGGAAGGUCCGGGCAGAUAAGAUCACAGAGUCAAUGAGCUUUGAGAAAUAUGAGGCGUACCACAAAGCGAGGUGUAAAUCCUUCCGUUCCAACCACGUGAGUAAAAGUUUCAACAAAUUGGAAGUGUGGGUGAAUCCUACGAGGGAGUUAAAAAUAUCAAUCCCAGCAUUAGAGGUGCUGAGUUUCUUGGCAUAUGAGACUGUUGCCGAGAUUGUCGAUGGAGUAUUUUUUAUUCGUCAAGACGCUAAGAAGAAGAGCGGUGACCCUUUUAGUAAAUUCGAGGGGGGAUAUUUCUGCAACCCUGUAAGCUUAAACAAUGCUGUUUAUAUUAAAUCCGGGUACGAAGGAGUCCCAGCGAUCACCGUAGCAGAAGUAAGAGAAGUCCUAAGAAGAUAUUUUUCACCGGGCCUGGGAAUGAAUGGUUUAUUUUCUAGGAAUAUACAUAAUGAAUUGCCCCAAAGAUAUAUUGCAAUCUAAAUGUAUCAUUUGAAAAUAAAGUUGAUUAGAUUUA